CUCGCUCGGUUGUGGCUUCCUUUCCCCUACCCUCCUCCGAUGGCGGGCGGCGAUUUCCCUCCCGUGGCGGUUGCCCCGGAAAGGGAUCGGGAGGCAGACGAGCGGCUGUUGAAGAAGAAGAAGAAGCCGGAGCCGGAGCAGCCGCAGCCGCAGCCGGCGGCGGAGGAGGCGACGGGCGUCAACCCUCUCAGCCCGAGGUACAGCGAGUACGACCCCAAGCAGAGGGAGCACGUGUACACCCGCUUCUGCUUCGAUCCCAGGCUCGAUCUCUACAAGGAGUCUCCUUAUGGUCCAACGCGCCAUACUCACAAAACCUUCGGAGAGGGAUUCCCAUUGUCUAACUCAGCAAAUAUUCUCUCUGUCAAGAUUGUUUCUUCUGACUAUGGCUACCCACUUGAUGUCUAUGGCACGGUCAUAGCCAGGGAUGAUCUGGAUCGCAAAUGUGUCUAUCUAUUCUGGCACGACAAGGACAAUCGCCAGUUCAUCACCUCAUAGAUCCUGAAAGAGCGAGUCAUUCUGCUGGUCCAGAUGGACCGCAUCAUGAGGCCUCACGGCACGCCAUUAUCAGAGACGAAGUUGCUGUCAUAGACAACAUCAAGAAGCUUAUACCGGCGCUGAGAUGGGAUGACAUGAUGACUCCGAGGUGAAACCUAAGAAAGGCGCGCUCUUGUCAGGUGAUGAAAGAAAUAGUCUUGAACUCUUGAUCGUGAGGAAAAAAGCUAUGGGAUGCAAAAUGGUUCAUGUUCUGAUCUUAUUCUGCUGCCGAUUUAAAAAAUCCUACUCCCUCCGUCCCACAAUGUUAGACGUUUUUUGACACGUCUUACAUUAUGGGACGGAGGGAGCAGGUGUUUUUCUUAAUUUCCAAAAUCCUAGCACCUUGGCUAUCCUUUCUCCGCAGCUUUGUGCCUGUGAUGGAAUAUUUUUGUGCCUGUGCUGGAAUGUUCACAGAAGAGAUGAGAUAGGGGGUGUAUG